AUGUAUAGAAAGGCCGGGAUUGCAUCGAUUAAAAGCAAAUCGCUUGCUCAGUCGAAGUACAAAGAAAAAAGCGAUGAGUUAGCAGAAAAUCAGAUAACAACACUAUCACGACAGUUUGAACAAGUUCGUCAGUCGCUUGAAUUAUUUGCGAGCAAACACGGGAACAAGAUUAAAGAGGAUCCACAUUUACGUUCACAAUUUCAAGCAAUGUGUAGUAGUAUUGGUGUUGACCCCAUAGCCUACAGUCGUGGGUGUUGGUCAGAAGCAUUAGGUUUGGGAGAAUUUUACUACCAUUUAGGUGUGAAAAUUAUUGAGAUAUGCAUGGCUAACCAAAAACACACUGGAGGCAUUAUACCUCUGCAUGAAUUGGUAUCUCUAUUAAACAAAAUCAGAACACGAUACGAGUCGGAAGUUAGUGCUGAUGACGUAAAAAGGUCUAUCAGAAAACUGCGUUGUCUAGGAACGGGGUUCAGUCUUAUUAGUCUAUCUGGUGGUCGGUUAUUGGUCCAGUCGGUCCCAGGUGAAAUGAAUAUGGAUCAAACCAUGGUGUUGGGACUCGCAGAAAGCUCUGAUAGUCAUGUAACAGCAUCAGCUGUAAUAGACAAAUUUGAUUGGACUAAAGAUCGUACAGACGCUGCCUUUCGGCAUUUAAUGCAAGAAGGUAUUGCAUGGGUUGAUGAUUUAGAUCCUUGUGGUGAAAGAGUAUUUUGGUUUCCUAGCUUAAUGGGCUCAAUAAUUUCAUCAUAA